CCCCGGGAGCGCCCCCGCCUCCUGCCCGGGGCCGCCGCGGGCUCGCUGAGCUGUCUUCUCCCUCCGGCCGGCAGGCUGGGCGCACAGGGGCGCGGGCCCCCGCCCGGCGCGCAGCGGCACCAUGGGCACGGUGCUGUCCCUGUCCCCCAGCUACCGGAAGGCCACGCUGUUUGAGGAUGGCGCGGCCACGGUGGGCCACUACACGGCCGUGCAGAACAGCAAGAACGCCAAGGACAAGAACCUGAAGCGGCACUCCAUCAUCUCCGUGCUGCCUUGGAAGAGGAUCGUGGCCGUGUCGGCCAAGAAGAAGAACUCCAAGAAGGUGCAGCCGAACAGCAGCUACCAGAACAACAUCACGCACCUCAACAAUGAGAACCUGAAGAAGUCGCUGUCGUGCGCCAACCUGUCCACGUUCGCCCAGCCCCCACCGGCCCAGCCGCCCGCACCCCCUGCCAGCCAGCUCUCGGGCUCCCAGACCGGGGUCUCCUCCUCGGUCAAGAAGGCCCCGCAUCCUGCUCUCACCUCCGCAGGGACGCCCAAACGUGUCAUCGUCCAGGCGUCCACCAGCGAGCUGCUGCGUUGCCUGGGCGAGUUUCUCUGCCGCCGGUGCUACCGCCUGAAGCACCUGUCCCCCACGGACCCUGUGCUCUGGCUGCGCAGCGUGGACCGCUCGCUGCUUCUGCAGGGCUGGCAGGACCAGGGCUUCAUCACGCCGGCCAACGUGGUCUUCCUCUACAUGCUCUGCAGGGACGUCAUCUCCUCCGAGGUGGGCUCGGACCACGAGCUCCAGGCCAUCCUGCUGACCUGCCUGUACCUCUCCUACUCCUACAUGGGCAACGAGAUCUCCUACCCGCUCAAGCCCUUCCUGGUGGAGAGCUGCAAGGAGGCCUUUUGGGACCGCUGCCUCUCCGUCAUCAACCUCAUGAGCUCCAAGAUGCUGCAGAUCAACGCCGACCCACACUACUUCACACAGGUGUUCUCCGACCUGAAGAAUGAGAGCGGUCAGGAGGACAAGAAGCGGCUCCUCCUCGGGCUCGAUCGGUGAGCCCUGUAGCCCGCAUCCUGGCUCAAGGAUUCAAUUCAUUUUUAAAAAUUUAUUAUUAAGCAAAUCAGAUUUUGUGUACAGUAUGUGUCUAGCAAAGCCACCGAGGGCCUGUCCCUUCCCACCUUCUCUCCUUGGGGUUUUCCUCAGCCCUGCUGAGAACUCUGGGCGCUUUUGAACUCCCGAACCUUGUGCAAAACCCAGAAGAUGUAUCCGGAGCCACCCAGGCCACCGACCUCUCAACUUUGGGGAAUUCAAAGGACUGACCUGCCUCUGCCACCUGUGCCCUUGCUGGACCAGGGCAGGUGAGGCUGCCCGCUGCGUCUGGCAUGGGAGCCGGAGGUGGAGGGGGGGGCCUCUGGCCAGUUGGCCCAGGGAGCAGUUGGCAUUUCCGGUUGGAGGUCCUUUUCUGGCUCCUGUUUUGGGUCGUCCAUUCUCCCAGAGGCGUGUGGAACUCGCCGCCCUGACCGAGCCACGAGUGGGGUUGUGAAGGCCGGAUGCCCGCCACCCGGGGACCACUCUUCAAUCAUGGAGAAGCCGGCCGGGUACAAAGAUUGCGUCCUGUCGUUUGGCCGCACACGACCCUGGUUUGCUCUUUUUUCUUUUUUAGGGAGAAGGGCUUUCCUUUAGUGAAGACACAGAACUUGCCCCCUGGCCACCCCUUGUCCCCUGCUCCCAGCCAUGUUGGUGGUGUUGGUCAAUGAGCUGGUUUGACUCAUGAAGUUCUUUGAUUUGGGGUCCUAGCUAAAGGAGUGGGGUGGAGCUAGGGACAGUUCCUUUCCUGGGGGAAUUUUUCAUUUGACUAAUGCAGCUUACUCACCCUGUGGCGGAGGCCAGGGCAGCUGCAGGUGCCCAUUACCAACAGCCUGCCUUCCGGGCAGGUGGGGGAGUCGUGCCCGAGACCAGCCAGUGCCCACCUAAGGGCUAAGGCCUCUUGCCGGUGCACGUGACAUUUUGGUCCACAGAGCUGGGGCGAGGGGGUGAUGUCAGGGAUCAGGGUGAUGUGGUAGUGAUUGCAACCCCCCACCCCCUUCCUCACCCCUGUUCAUUUAAAGCUGUUUCCAAACAGUUCAGUUUCUUCUGAAGACGAAGCCUUGCCCUGCAAGGCCCGAGGAGACCACUGGAUCUUGGAGACAAUUCCAAGACGGGAGUAACGCUCCUGCUUGCUUCCGAAGCCUGCUGAUUCUGCGCCUGAUCAUUUGCAGCUGCUGCUUGGGGUUUCCGCCUCACCCUAGCGGCUGUGAGAACACGCAAUGUGUGCUUAAUCAGUUUCCUUUCUGAUUCUCCCAGAUUUGGUGGCUUGGGACUUGGGAGAGGAGCGGGAGAAGGGAGCCAGUCUUCCUCCAUGGCCCGGCACUCCGGCUUUGGGGAACAAAGAGCAACGUGAAGCCGCUCUGGAGACUUCUCUCUUCCAGUCCCAGUCCAACCCCCACCUCUCCCCCCCGCCCCCCCCCCCCCCCCCCGGGGAGCGCUGGCAUGGGGGGGGCCGGGGGAAGGCAGAGGGUCCUUUGACACAGGAUUAGGUUCCAGGUGGCUGCUGGUUUCGGCACAAACACUACUGAAAUUGACGCUUAACAAGAGAAAGCUGUGAAACUGAGGCCCCGGUUUAAGAGGAGCGUUCGGUUCCCAGACCAGAGGAGGAGGGCCUGCCCCGUGCUGGGAGGGCGUUUGCUCGGCUGCGCCUCAAGGCCCACGGAGCCCUCCCGGGGCCUGCCAGAUAACCUGCCGUGGAGCUGGAAGGAAGCUGCGGCUGCCCGCACUGCUGGCGCAGACUGGCCGCUGCCUGGGCGGAGCCGUCGCACGGCCUGUCUGUUCAGAUCCCGCCGCCACGUGCGACCUGAGACAUGACUGAGAAAGUCGCGGGGAUUCACUGUGACAUACGACACCAACCGGAAGACCCGAGGCCAGCCUGGCUCAUCUUCAAAGCAGUGUUGCUGAGAGGAAUGAUGGCAAUGGGGCCACGGUAUGCUGAGGAAACCAGAGGAUACUAGAGAGCCACUGACUCAGGGCCAUGACAAGAGCGGUCCCGGCUUUGGGCUGUGAAUCAGCGUUUCAUCACUUAAAUGCUGAGUGUGACUUUCAGAACAUGGAAAAGGUCGUUUCAAUGCCUACAGGGCAUCACCCACUUUUUGUCUUGACUCCCAUCCCACAUGGAAGGUGUGAUUUUGUCUCCUAAUGGUGAGCAGAAACCACCAGACCUAUGGAUCUUUUGGUUUCCCAUUGGAAACCAGAAGGAAAGAGUUCUGUCCCAAACUACCCUCAUUUCCUGGAGGCCUUUCAAAUGUCUGAUGUGAAGAUGAGUUAAAGCACUACGGGAUUUGGAGGGGACAUCUGAGAACAUCUCACCUGCAGGGUCCCCCGAGCCUCCUGGACAACAGCCGGCCCUCACACCACGUCCCCUGCCCACCCACUGCAUGUGAGAAGGAUGGCCCGGAAGAGAAGGAAGGGAAAGAGCAGGCAGGACCGCAGGGGAGAGAGGGGGAAGUCACCUGGACCUGGAUUAUAGUUGAGAAGAGGAACUCUUAGUCUGAAAGAGCUCAGACGUCAACGUGUUUUUUCCUCCAUCUGUAAAAUGGGUACAGUGAGGUUCACGCAAUUUGUUCGAGUGGGGAACUGCAAGUUCCCGGUGUUAUGUCCUCGGCUCCUGGGGUGAUACACCUCUGAUCACUGAUCCAAUGGCCCAAAGACAAAUCUCCCUCCCUCUCUCCCUCAUUUCUGUGGCUAUCUCAUUCAGAAACCCAGCUCCUCAAGAAUUUUACAUUCCUGGUUAUUUUUAGACUCAUUUAGUUUGUUCAGACACGGUCACCACAUGGCAUGCAGCUGUGGAAAGCAGCUGCUGUGGUUUGAUUUCUAGUCAAUAUUACUUGACAUUUCUUGUCAGGUGAUUUCUAAAAUUUCUUUCUUUCUUUCUUUCUUUCUUUCUUUCUUUCUUUCUUUCUUUCUCUCUCUCUCUCUCUCUCUCUCUCUCUCUCUCUCUUUCUUUCUUUUCCCCAGGGGAUCUUAAGACUUUUCCCCCUGGAUUUUGAGGUGCGACAUCAGAGCUGUGCAUCUGAGAGCCUGCUCCAGGCUGGGGAUGGGGCCAGAAUCCUGCUAGAAAGGAAGAUUUCUUUCUAUUCUCAGGACCCAAACUUCUCAGCCCCAGAACACUCAGGUCCUGACAGCUUCCUGAAAACCCUCCUCUCAGUUUUGUGCUUUGAGUGAGGGGCUGCUGUCUCCUGGUCUCAGGAAGAAAGGAGGAAGGAUGAGGCAGGUAGCUGGCCUGCCAGGAGCCUACCUCAGUGACACUAGCUACCAUGUACCAGAGGCUGGGUCACUCCGCUGAGGGGAAAGCCGGACCGGAUUGGCUGCAGGCUUCCUCCUGCUCCCCCUUAACAGCUUUUCUCCCCGACAGGUGCUUACCUGCCUUUCUCUGGCUCACUCAGCCAUCAGUCUUUUGGCUCAGCCCAUACACCCAUCCACCAUGAUGCUUUUGCCUUUAGGAGUUUUGCACAUUCUGUUCCCACCUGGAAGACUCUGGGUCCUUUUUCCGGACCAACGCUAUUUCUCAUUUGAUUCUCAACAUCAGCAUCCCUUGGGGAGCCUCUCCCGAUCCUCUAAGACAGGGUUAACUCUCUCUUUGAUGCACUUAACACCUCGGACUGUAAUAUUUUUAUUACAAACAGGCCUGUUUAUUCCUCCAGUCUCCCCACUAGACUCUAAACUCCUGGGUGGGCUCAGAUCUUGUCCACACUUGCACCCCCACUUCCCAGCCCAGCGUCCGGCCUGGCAUACAGCAGGUGCCUGGCAAAUAUGUGCUGAAUAAUGUUCCAGGCUCACCAAGAACUCCCUCCUCCUUUUCUUCCCCCCCCCCCCAUGUAUUUUUUAGACUGUGUCGAAUUCUUUGUUCUUCAAAUCACUUCUGUAAUAAGCUUUCUAUUUUAUCACGGCAUCUAUUCAAGUCAAGUCCUUUGUCAGUUCUGAGUUUGACAAAAAUCUUCAAUUGUGCAGGUACGGACAAAAAUGUGACGCCGUGUCUGACACAUAAACGAAAAGUGAAAAUCGUGGCUGGAUGACCUGAAAACAGCUAGCGACAUCUGUAUCCUGGCCAUCCUUCCUCAUGAAGCCUUCUUUUUUGCGGGCUGCUUUCUCUCUUCCAGAAGCUUCCCCCUUGUAGGCUCCAAAGACCGCCCUAUUCUUGGCUCUGGGUCAGCCGUUGUUCCUCUCGGCUCCCACAGCUGCCGGCACACCUCUGGAUGACGGCGCUUACCAUUCUGGAUGGCAUCUGUCCACCUGCCUCAGGUCUCAUUCGUCUUUACGUGCUCAGGCCCAGCACAGCGACACAGGGUAAGGAAUGGCAGUGCCGAACAGCCACCAGGACUACACAGACUCAUCGUAGCAGCCGGCAGUCUGGCAAAAGCUCUCCUAGGGAAAGGGGAGGUUUCCCCCUCGCUCUCCGGACUGGAGAGCUCCUCUGUUUCUCUGGCACAACUGCUCUGGUGCCCGGGCUUACGCGCACGCGUGUGCAGACUUGCCCCAGGGCCCACUUCCCACAGAGUGGCAGGGAAAUGGGGCACACUGCCUUUCCUGUGACACCGGUCAAGCCCUCUCCAGCUGUGCCCCUGUGAGUUUAUUAACACUUUACUGAUGCACGUGUUCAGACGUGUGUACUUAACGGGAAGGGACGUCUGAAGAACACACACAGCACGAUGUUUACACCUUGCGGCAUAUGGAAAAUACGUUCGCAAAGCCUGUAGGAGGUAAUGCUCAAAAAGAGCCGACAGUUUGGGGACAAGAAGGAAUGACUACUUUCUGAAUACUCCCCCCAUCAUAAGCACAGUCAGUAAUCCGCCCGGUGAGGUCUGUGUGAAAUGCCCCGUGACACUCAGAAGCGGCGGGUGCCCCAGCCCAGACGCAUCCAAGCCAGGGUGGCAUGGUGUGGGCAGCAAAUACCACGGGAAACUGGGUGCAGUGAUCUUUAUCUCCACUCCAAGAUGGAUUUAUCUAUCCCUGAGAGUUUAAACACAAGGGCUGCCAUGUUGCACGGCUCCAGGGCUGCCCUUCCUAUCACCGCCGAGGUGACAGGCGCCCCGUAAGAUGGUGCACGGCAGUCUGUGUAGCCGUCAGAGGUGGCCUUGUUAAAUCUCGAUCACAUAACCCUAUGCGUAUUAAAGCAAAAAGGGCAUGCUUA